ACGUUAGCCUGGUUCUUCUACUCUAUCAGAAAUGAGAAUGGCCGGCGAUGAAGAACACCACCCCGAAUCUCGACGAAAGCAUAACAACAACCAUCGGGAUCGCGAUCGGGACCGGGACCGCGAUCGAGACCGGGACAGGCACCGCGAUCCGGGCAGUCCCAAACGCCAUCGACGCGGCAGCCCCGAUCGCCGCGGGCGGGCGGGCGGCCAAGAGCGAAGCUCAGAGCGACGCCAAGUCAAAACCGAGGUCAAGGCCGAACCAGCCCCACCCACUAAGGCGGAACCCUUGUCCUUGGAGGAGUUGCUAGCCAAGAAAAAGGCCGAGGAAGCGGCCAAGGCCAAGCCCAAGUUCUUGACUCAAGAGGAACGCGUGGCCGAAGCCCUCCGCAAGCGGCAAGCUCAAGUGGAGCAGCUCCGACAGAAGCAGGAGCAAGAGCGACAGAAACGACUCCAAUUCGACAAAGAGGGCCGACAACAAUUGCGCGAUAUCGAACGCGAUCAACGCGACCGAGAGCGCGAUCCCCGGGAUCGCCAGCGGGAUCAGUUCCGCGAUCGAUGGCGAGGCGGCGCCAAAGAUCGGGAUCGCGGUGCGGCCGAAGGCGCCAGUGGACAUCGCGGUGAUCGCGAAAGAGUCGAGACCUUUGAGAAAGAGCGUGAAGCCAUCAAAGAGCGUUAUCUAGGCGGAUUGAAGCGAAAGAAGCGCAUCCGGAAGCUCAACGACCGCAAGUUCGUGUUCGAUUGGGAUGCCGGCGAAGAUACGUCCAAGGACUACAACCCCAUCUACUCGGAGAAACAUCAGAUCCAGUUCUACGGCCGGGGCGGUAUCGGCGGGGUCGACAUCAAGAGUCAAAAGAAGACCCAAGGGCAGUUCUACGGCGAGCUGGUCGAGAAACGCCGCACAGAGGCCGAGAAGGACCAGGAGAAGGAGCGUCUCAAGAAGAUGAAGCGCAAGGAGGAGAAGCAGAAAUGGGAUGAUCGCCAUUGGUCGGACAAGGAGGUCACGGCCAUGACGGAGCGCGAUUGGCGCAUCUUCCGCGAGGAUUACAGUAUCUCAAUCAAGGGUGGCAACAUUGCCCCGCCCAUCCGGCGAUGGGACGAGGCCAACCUGCCCGAUGAGAUCUUGGAGAUCAUCACCAAUGUGGGUUAUACCGAGCCAACGCCCAUUCAACGGCAGGCCAUUCCCAUUGGGCUGCAGAAUCGCGACAUUAUCGGCGUGGCCGAGACCGGCUCUGGCAAAACCGCCGCUUUCCUCCUGCCCUUGCUGGUCUGGAUCCAGAGCUUGCCCAAGAUCACCCGGAUCGAAGAGGCUGACAAGGGGCCUUAUGCUAUCAUCAUGGCGCCCACACGUGAAUUGGCGCAGCAAAUCGAGUCCGAGGCCAAUAAAUUCGGCAACCCCUUGGGCAUCCGGACCGUGGCCGUGAUUGGAGGCUUGUCCAAGGAGGAGCAGGGCUUCAAAUUGCGUAUGGGCUGCGAGAUUGUCAUUGCCACACCCGGUCGUCUUAUUGACGUGCUCGAAAGUCUCUACUUGGUGCUCUCGCGUUGCACAUACAUCGUGUUAGAUGAGGCCGAUCGGAUGAUUGACAUGGGUUUCGAACCCGACGUGCAAAAGAUUUUGGACCACAUGCCCGUGACCAACGCCAAACCCGACUCCGACUUGGCCGAAGAUGAAGUGGCGCUGGCUGAGAACUUCAAAUCCAAAAACAAAUACCGCCAAACGGUCAUGUUCACGGCCACCAUGCCGCCGGGUGUGGAGCGGCUGGCCCGCACCUAUCUCCGCCGGCCAGCCAUCGUCUACAUCGGCAGCAUCGGCAAGCCCACCGAACGCGUGGAACAAUUGGUCUACAUGAUGAAGGAGAACGAGAAGCGCAACAAACUCGUCAACAUUCUCAACCAAGGCAUCGAGCCGCCCAUUAUCAUCUUCGUCAACCAGAAGAAGGGUGCGGAUGUAUUGGCACGAGGACUCGAGAAGAUGGGCUACAAUGCGGCCACGUUGCACGGAGGAAAAGGUCAAGAACAACGUGAGAUCGCGCUCUCGGGUCUUAAGACCGGCGCCAAGGAUAUCUUGGUGGCUACCGACGUGGCGGGUCGAGGUAUCGACAUCAAGGACGUGAGUCUCGUCAUCAACUACGAUAUGGCCAAGACCAUCGAGGGCUACACCCAUCGUAUCGGGCGAACCGGUCGGGCCGGCAAGAGCGGCAAGGCCAUUUCCUUCAUCACCCACGAUGACGCGCCGUUGUUCUAUGACCUCAAGGAGCUCCUGACGAACUCGCCCGUGUCCCACUGUCCGCCGGAAUUGGCCAAUCACGCCGAGGCGCAGAACAAACCCGGGUCGGGGGCGCCGCAAAAGAAACGCAAGGACGAGAAGAUAUUUGUAUAACCGUCAUUGCGCAUGUACGUAGGUAUUAAUGAAAUGAACAAAACCUCUUUUUACCGUGUCGCA